AUGAAUAUCUUCAUCCCAACCCGUUCUUCUCUCGUUGCAGCAAUCAGACGGUCCACUGCCCGAAAAUCCCUCUCUGAAGUUGUAUGUAUACAUGCCCAAAUCAUUAAACAUGGCUUUUUACCUGAAAUCCGACUCUAUAAUCAUCUCUUGAAUGUGUAUUCCAAGUCCUGCGACUUUGUUUCUGCACGUAAACUGUUUGAUGAAAUGCCUGAAUGGAACUUGGUCUCCUUUUCGACUUUAAUUUCUGGAUAUUCUCAAUCGGGGACUCCUGAAUGUGCGUUGGAUCUUGUGCCCCUUCUGCAAAAUCAAGCUUUAGACAUGAACCAGUUUGUUUUUUCGAGUUUGAUUUUAGCAUGCUCAAAGCUAAAAUCAGUCAAUGAAGGGAAACAAAUCCAUGCUCAGGUGAUAGUGGCUGACUUUGAGUUCGAUCCAUUUGUGAGAACAUCUCUGGUUGAUAUGUACUCUAACUUUGACGACAUAGACUCUGCCGUGUUUGUAUUUUAUUCUUGUUCAUUACGAGAUUCGGUUAUGUAUAAUUCGAUGAUAUCAGGAUUUGUGAGAUUUGGUUCACAUGAAGAGGCACUUGAAUUGUUUGCGGAGGGGCGGAGGGAUAAUGAUUUAAAACCUACGGAGUUUACUUUUGGAAGUGUCAUCAAGGCUUGCUCGAAUUUGAGCAUGGAAUUGGGACUGCAAAUUCAUGCCUUCAGCAUUAAGACUGGAUUCGAUGCUGACUGUUUUGUGGGGACAUCUCUUGUGGAUAUGUAUAGUAAAUUUGGUGAUGUGGAAAGCUUCAAGCAUAUAUUUCACAACGUUGAAUGCAUUGACCUUGCUUUGUUGAAUUCAAUGAUUGUUGGAUUUUCAAACAAUUACUCUUAUGUUGCGGCUGUGGACUUCUUUGGUGAAUUGAAGUUAGACGGUUUUAAUCCAAAUGAGUUUACUUUCUCUAGUGUCCUUAAAGCUUGUAGUGGCUUAAAAUGUGUACGAUUGGGUAAAAUAAUCCAUGGACUUAUAGUGAAGUCUGAGUUUAGCAGUGAUUUGGUUGUCAACACCUCUCUCCUUGAUAUGUAUCUGAAAUGUGGAUCCGUCAAAGAUAGUUUGAGAUUGCUCAACAUAGUGCCUGAAAGAAGUGCUGUUCUGUACAAUGCCAUGAUUUCUGGAUUAGAACAAUAUGGGGAUCAUGAAGGAGCAGUUAGGCUAUUUAUUAACAUGAAGCGGGAAGGUGUUGUCCCUAAUCAUGGUACAUUUGUUUCUCUGAUGUGUUCUUCUGUUGGACAUGAAAGAAAUGUCUAUGGCCAUGCCAUUAAGCAUGGUCUUGGACAUGAUUUGCAGGUGCAGAAUGCAUUUUUGGAUUCUCUGAUAAAAAGUGGAUCUGUUAACGAAGCUCGAUGGUUUUUUAAUAACAUGCAUGAGAAAAAUGUUGUCUCCUGGACUUCAAUAAUAUCAGGACUUUCAGAGUUGGGCUUGAACCGUGAUGCUCUCAGACUCUUUAAGGAGCUGAACUCAGCAGGAAUCUCUCCCAAUAGCUUCACUUUCCCUAGUGUUUUGAAGGCUUGUGGAAGUUUAGCUGAUUUGGAGGAUGGAAGAAGCAUUCAUGGGUGCAGUGUUAAGCAUGGGAUCGUGGAUGAGGAAUUCACUAGCUGUUCUCUUUUAGACAUGUAUGCUAGGUGUGGAGCCUUGGAGGAGUGUUAUAAAUUGUUUGAUCGCAUGCCUAAAAGUGAUGUUGUCCUAUGGAAUACAAUGAUCACUGCAUGUUCCCAAUAUGGAAGAGGUCAUGAAGCAUUGGAACUCUUUCAGACAAUGAAGAGGUAUGGAGUUGAACCAAAUCACGUGAGCUUCACCUCUUUGCUAUCUGCCUGCAGCCACUGUGGCUUAGUGGAAGAAGGGGUCCAGAUAUUUGAGUCAAUAAAUCACAAGCAGAAUAUGUUGCCCUCUAUGGAACACUAUGCAUGUAUGGUCGAUUUGUUCGGAAGGGCUAGGAUGCUAGAGAGGGCAAAGAACUUGAUUGAUGGCAUGCCAUAUGAGCCUGAUGCAUCAAUAUGGAAGACGUUCUUGGCUGCUUGUAAGCUUCAUAAUAAUCUUGGGCUCGCUGAAGUUGCAAGUGACCAUCUUUUAGGUUUGGAAGGUUGUGAUAAUAGAACUUUGGUCUCUCUGUCCAACAUAUACUCGGAAUCGGGAAAAUGGGAUGAUGUAGAGAGGGCAAGGAUGAGGAUGAGAAUGGGUGAAAAGGGGAGAAAGGAUGCUGGGCUCAGCUGGGUGCAGCUUUGGGGUGAGGGAAGGAGGAAGCUUUUGGAGAAUUCAAGGAUUUUUCUGAAUUUCCAAUAUGAUUCCCAACCAAAAGUGGUCGAAUUGUAUGAGUUUAUGGGAAGGAAAAGCUUGGGAAAAGAGAUUUUAAAUUCAAAAAUUCGUACUCCCAACACACAUGAUCAAUCUUCGUAUUUUCGUAACAAGGAAAAGCAAAGGAAAAGAGACUGGAGCGAGCUUCCAGACGACGCCGUGGACGUGGCGGCGUCCAGGCUGAGCCUACCGGACUGCUACCGACUCAGUACAGUCCGCUGCGCAUGGCAGGCGGCGGCGCCAUCGCAGGAGCAGGGCUUUCGCCUUCCAUGGCUGAUGCUCUCCAAGGGCUCUCGAUCCACCAAAACCCGCGGUUUUUUCUGCCUCCAAACCUGCCACUUUUACCAGAUCCCACUGCCCAAGAAGGUUCGGCGGAGCUGGCGCGCUGGUUCAUCCCACGCCAAGACGCAUCCGGCUUUUAUGGAGAAGGUUGUUCUGUCGUCGGAGCCGACGCCGGAGAAUGAAGCCGCUGGCCGCUGCGUGGUUGCGUUUUGCGACCAUAAAUGUUUGUUAGCUGCUUGCCGACCUGGAGACCCGGUGUGGCCUUGGAGGGAUUUCGUUUGCGGGAGCGACGACGACAAUGAUGCUGCUGAUGAUGGGUGGUGA